AAUGAACCCCUUGCUCCAGAGGAGUUCUCAGGCAGCUUCAAUGGAAGGAGGGAGCCAAGAAGGAGGCCUGGCAUAAGUCCAAAGAUGAUCAUUACAACAUGGAUUGUGUACAUUUUUUCCCGGAAAGGUGUAGGGUUCCCCUUCCCACCAAAAAUCAGUUCGGAUGUUGAAGUUGUGGAAAGUGAGGCUGUGUCUGUAGUACAGCACUGGUUGAAAAAAACUGAAGAAGAGGCUUCCCAGGACAUAAAGGAGAAGAUGUCCACCAACGGCCCUCCCACCCAUGGCCAAGAUGUACAUGUGACCAGAGAUGUGGUCAAGCACCAUCUCUCAAAGUCUAAUUUGUUAGCAAACCAGAGUCAAGAGGUCCUGGAGGAAAGAACAAGAAUCCAGUUCAUAAGAUGGAGCCAUACCCGUAUCUUCCAAGUGCCAAGUGAGGUGAGAGACGAUGUUCUGCGAGAGCGAAUAGAGCAGGUGAGACAAAGCAUAAGCCGUCUUACGGACGAAGCAUCUCAGGAGCUUCGCAACAGAACUUCCUACUCUGACUGCUGAGAGCAACAGGCAGGAGAGCAGCAGGUUGAUGUCCUUUGGAGUCAAGGAGCAGCCUGUGUCAGAAGAAUGUCCAUCCCCCUUGACCUGCGAGCGACACCUGGGCAGAGAGAAUCCAGUGGGUGAGCCCUUCCUUGUGACAGUGGCAGCACUGGAAUCUUUUUGCUGAAUUGCUAAUAAAGAGCCAUGCUAUUUAACCACCA